GAUUGUUCGCGAAUGUUACCUACCUACAUCAUACAGGAAUUUAUAAAAUUAUACCUACUUCAAUUUUGUAAAUAAUACAACCGAUUCACAGCGUUUGAUUUUUUUUUUUAAAUUUUUAAUCAAUUUUCGAGAUCAUUUGCGAGCUUUCAUUUCAAAUUUAAUAAUUAAAUUCGUGUGCAUCAUUUCAACGUAAUAUUUUAACUUCAUCGCAUCAGUUUUGUGCGCAAAGAGAGACCUUAUCGAAUAAUUCAACUGAGUAAUAUGAAACGGCAUCGUUACACUUUUUUGUUGAUUUUUUUUAUAUCAACGGUUUCGCAGAAGAACGCGAAUUGCGAUAAUGAAUCGUCAUCGAAAAAAGACAGCAAGCCAAGUAUCAAAAUAGACGUUAUUUUAUUGCUAUCUAGAAAUGGAGGUGACGGCAAAUGUGCGGACGAAUUUCAUCCGGAUGCAUUACAAAACGUGGAAGCGUUAUACUAUGCGCUGGAUUUAAUACAAAAAGACGACAAACUUUCGCAAAAAUUCAAUUUAACAGUAGAUAUAAUGGAAGUUUGCAGGAUUCCCAACCUAGAAUUGAAACAUCUUUCAAAAUUAUACGAUCAAUUAAAGGUGGAUCCGAUAGAACAUGAGAAUGCAACCUUUGGACUCAUUUAUGACACUGUUUUCACAACAUUCAAUUAUGAAAAUAUUUUCGACACGUUUCGUACCUUCCCUCACAUCAGCUAUUCAGGGCCUCCGACGAAAUUGAACGACGCGGAUGUGAUUGCGCCGCAAUUUACGUUUGAUUUUAUCACUUCAACAUCCGGUCAUAUUUUCAUAGCAGACGUUAUACUGGAAAUUUUGAAUCAUUUCAAGUGGAAAUAUGUUACAGUACAUGAUCCUCAAUCAGGUUCUAGAGACGGCCAAUAUGAAAUGGCCAAGUUUUUUGAGAGACGCGUUGAGAAAUUAGCUGAGAGCAACGAUAUAUGCAUAGUCAAUGUAAAAGAAUCGAUUAUUGAAGCCGCCGAAAAUGUACUAACACAAACGCAUACUCGCACGAGUAGUAUGGCCGACGUAAUCCUUUGUUUUUGCGAUCAACAAGCCAUCGAAAAUUUAAAGGACCAAUUGCAAAACCGAAAUAAAAAAUACGUUGUAAUUGUGGGAAAUACAGAGCUAUGUUGGACAAACAAAGUGGAAUGGAAUUCAACUUUGGGAGACCUGUACUAUGUCACGCCAUCGUUUCAAUAUAAUGAAAAUUUCUACCAUUACUACACUUCGUUGUCAGAGGAAAAUUAUACGAGAUAUCCCUAUCUUGAGAAGUUCAGGAAACGGUACUCCAAAUAUGACCGCAAAAAAAUGUCUAAUGGUACGAGUAUGUACACACAUACCUAUCAGAAUAAUUCAAAUUCAGCGAUUAACAUCAUCAAAUCACUAUACACAAUGGCUCAUGUUAUAAAACGAACAUUUGAUUCAAAAUCAAAGAAGGACAGAUAUGAAGCAAAAAGUGUGCUUCGCAACAUCGAAUUUAAUAUAUUCAACGAAAAUAUAAGUUUUACUGAACGCAGUGGUCUACCACGGAUAGAAAAAUUUGAUAUACACAAAUUUCAAGCAGUACAAAAUGAAUCCGGAUAUUUCAUCAGAGUGGCUGAAUAUUUGAAAACCAAUCACACGGAAUAUAACGAAGGAAAAAAUCAUAGUUCACGAAUACAAGGUAACCUGACCAUAUUGGAUGCGAGUUUCCAAUAUCCAAAACACUAUCCGAUGCAGAGAUGCAGCGUACCAUGUCCAGCCACAUACAUCCGGACAAAUCAUGAAAACCAAUGUUGUUGGAAAUGCGAAAAAUGCGACAUUUUUUCCAUACCACACAGGGAUGGCACUUCGUGCGAAAAAUGUGGAGAAGGUUUAAUGGCGAAUCAAAAUUACACCGCGUGUAUACCUUCACCUUUAUUUGGUAUUCUACAAAUACCAACCGAGUGCACUGAUAUUCAGAAUUUGUUAUCCAUCGGACUUUCUUCACUCUCCAUCAUAUUGACAGCGGUCGUACUAUUGGUGUUUGUCAAAUAUCAAAAUACUCCGGCUGUCAAGUCAACCACCAAAGAACUAUGUUAUGUUAUGUUUGCUGGUAUUAUUUUGGUCAACACUACAAUCCUCAUUUCGACGGUAACCUCAAAUUUUUUGACAUCAGAUGUCAAAGUUUUACCAGCAAUUGGUUUUACAAUGAUAUACGCUGCUUUACUGGUGAAAACUAAUCGAAUCGCACGUCUACUGGUCACGUCUAAACAUAGAUUCGCCAACAUGAACCUCAAAUAUUUGUCACUGAAGGCUCAGAUCAUCAUAACCGCGAUUCUUAUUGCAAUAGAAAUAGUAAUAUGCUGGUUCGCAGUGAAAUUUCAAGAUCCAGAUCCAGACAUCAAUGGAAGUGACUUCAUUCUGAAAAUGUAUUACUUGGACAGGGUAUUUUUAUUCAAAAUAUUCGCUUUCGUCACCCUGUUGAUAUUGCUUUGCACUUAUUACGCGGUCAAAACACGAAAUCUGCCAGAAAAUUUCAACGAGGCCAAGUGCAUUGGUUUUGCGAUGUACACAACAGUACUCACAGCAAUCGCUUCCAGCACGGUAUACUUUACUACUGAUGAGAAAAAAGUAUUAGCGAUGAACGUAUGCGCUUCGAUUAAUACUCUGAUAAUUUUGAUUUUCUUGUUUUCGCCAAAAUUGUACAUCAUCUUGUGGAAGCCUGAGAGGAAUACUAUAGUCUUCUUUUCACCUGUUACAUCCGGUAUUCGCAGUUAUAUGGGAAAGGAAUCACGUACCAAUUCACGCAAACCAUUGAAUCAGUGUUACUCGCUCGAAAACUCAGGACCACAAUCAAGCUUGAAUAAUGCAGCAGAGAAUUUGAAGGAGCAUGAUCGAAGUGUCGCAGUAAAGGUUAUCGAAGAAAUUGACAUUCUACACAAAGAAAUAAAUUUAGAUUUGAAGGAGAAAUUCAAAACAGGCGAUUUAAAACUUGAUGAAAUAAUGGAUAAUCUGCAAAAAGCGUAUUCUGAAAAGACUGAGAACAUAAAACUGAAAUAUAUUGUCGAAGCGGAUCGGACGGAGAAAAAUGCCGUUAAGUAAAAAACAAGACUACCUAUUUCCAAGAUACACCUUCAAACACUCCAAAUGAAUGAAUUUGAAUGUGGAGC